AUGUCGUCUGCGUGUCGCCCGCAAUCAACAUGGGUUUCAUCCUUUACUGGCUUCUACUUGCGUUGGCACCCUCGAGUUCAGGAGCAGAGGCCGUCGACAUUUGGAUCCAAGGUGUCAAAGAACAAUGCAAUCUUUCUUAGAGAAGUUCACCAUGCUCAGGAAAUUCGGAGAAAGUUACUACUAAACCUGAUGCUCUCUGAUGUGCCCGGUAUGUCACUAGAGAAAUUGUUACACUGUGUUGUUGUAGGAGGUGGUCCAACAGGAAGUUUGAGAUUCAGUGGUGAACUUAAGUGAUUUUAUCAUGGAGAGACGUUCAACCAGAGAUAUGCCCAUGUCGAAGAUUAUCAUGUUACAUUAAUUGAGGCCGAAGAGAUAUUAUCAUCCUUUGUGAUCGUGCGUCGCUAUGCUACUAAGAGUUGGAACCAAGGUUAGAGAUUAGUGAGUUCGCCUUGUUCGUGAAUUGUCAAAGAUGUUAAACCUCAUAAGCUCAUUCUUAACGAUGGCAGCAAGGUUCCAUAUGGGUUAUUAGUGUGGUCCACUGUGUUGGCCCCUCAACCUUUUGUAAAAUCUUUGGACCUUCCAAACUCUCCUGGUGGAAGGUAAGAAAUGGUGGUUGAAUUGAGGGCUACGAGUCCUUCUGGUGUCAGAUUAAUUUGCUGGUUGGUGACUUGCAGUGGGUAUCUUGAAAAGUACUGGUACAAACAGUCCUUGCCAGCUUUGGCUCAGGUGAAGGUUGCGGAACGGCAAGGAAAAUAUCUUCAGGUCCUAUUGAACAAAAUUGGCAAAGCUGGUGGAGGGCAGGCAGAAAAGUGCCUACAAGAUAUUGAAUUGGGGGAUCCAUUUGUUUACAAACAAUUUGGGAGCAUGGCAACUAUUGGUAGCUAUAAGGCUCUUGUUGAUCUUAGACAAAGCAAAGAGGCCAAGGGGAUAUCUCUAGCAGGAUUUUUCUCAGGUUGGUUUGUUUGGCGCUCUGCAUAUCUAACACGUGUAGUUAGCUGGAGGAAUAGAUUCUACGUGGCUUUAAAUUGGGCUACAACUUUUGUAUUUGGUCGUGAUUAUUAGCAGAAUAUAGAUCUGAAAAAGAGGUUGCCUCAAAAUUCUGGUAGUUGGAAAAUUAACUUAUUUUCACAUCUUAAUGUCUCUAAGCGUGCAAUCUGAUUGCAGUAUCAAAAUAAUGAAAGGCUUUCCUCGAAGGCAGGCUUAGACUCAAAAGUACAAAGUUAAGCACGUUUCUUAAUGUC